AUGGCGUCACGCAAAAAGGUCUUGCUGAAGGUCAUCAUUCUGGGCGACAGUGGUGUCGGCAAAACGAGCUUGAUGAACCAAUAUGUCAACAAGAAGUUCAGUGCAAGCUACAAGGCCACUAUCGGCGCCGACUUCCUUACGAAAGAGGUUCUCGUAGACGAUCGUCUAGUAACAAUGCAGGCAUGUAUCUGGGAUACUGCGGGUCAAGAGCGAUUUCAGUCUUUAGGUGUUGCAUUCUACCGGGGUGCGGAUUGCUGUGUUCUGGUAUACGACGUGAAUAAUUCCAAGAGCUUCGAGGCUCUCGACAGUUGGCGCGACGAAUUCCUCAUCCAAGCGAGCCCUCGCGACCCAGAGAGCUUUCCUUUCGUUGUGAUCGGCAACAAGAUUGAUGUGGAGGAAAGCAAGCGGAUGAUUUCUUCGAAACGCGCCAUGACUUUCUGCCAAUCCAAGGGCAACAUCCCUUACUUCGAGACCAGUGCUAAGGAAGCAGUCAACGUGGAGCAGGCUUUCGAGGAAGUCAUCGCCCGAAGCGCCCUGGCUCAAGAAGAGGCUGAAGAGUUCAACGGCGAAUUCAGCGAUCCCAUCAACAUCCACCUCGAUAGUGACCGUGAUGGUUGUGCCUGUUGA